CACUACCUCACAUUUGCAUUAUUGCGCAGGCGUGAAUUUGUGUGAACGUUACAGUUACAACACGUUAAAUUUCGCUUCACAGCAAAUAUCACAUCACUGGUAUUAUGUAUCAUACAAAAUUGCCACCAUAAAAUGAUUACAUUACAUAUCAUGCAAAGUGCUCAGGAAGUGCAUUGUAUCAUUAGUGGAGGAGAGAGGAACAUUUCGUAAAAAUCAAAUCUCCGGUCGAGCAAGUAGACAUAAUAGCGGUACAUGUAAUAGUGCCGUAAUACUAUAUCUAAUCCUUAUCUAUAUAAAUAUAGAUAAAGGUAAGAUGAAGGGACACCCGUUACACGAGCUCGUUGCAUGAGUCAUACAUCUCUGUGGUUGUGAAGGGAAGCAGGGAAGGAUGAUUCUAGAUAAUAAAACUGUUUAAUGAUGGUACAAUGUGUACAAUUCGAAACACUACAAACGUCGAUCGAAAAGCGCGAGGUCGUGAAAGUUGUGCCAUGAAUAAGACGGAAUUCAACAUCGUCUUGAGCACAGAGCCACCGAGAACGACUCCGAGUGUGAUUCAUUCUCACAUUCCGGUGCCCAGAGUAUCAGCUGCGAUCAAGGCCCAAGAAAGAUGUCCUCCAAAGCGCAGAGGAUCCUUCGAGAGGCUCGGUCGCGGAUCCGUUGCCGCUCAAAGAGCGUCCUUCGAGAAGCUCGAAGCUUCUGUCGUACAGCUGAGAUCACGCAACAAUAAUCAACUAUCAACUUCAAGCAUCGAAGUGCGAGACUCCGAGGAGAAGACGACGCCUGUGAGCAAUUACAAGACGAAUGACGUCUUUAAGCUCAAUAGGGAUAACAGCUUCAUCGAGGCCAAAUGGAAGAAUAAAUACGAGGACUCGGAGAAGAGGCGAAAACUUUUGCUACAAAAGAGCGAAACUGUGAAUAAAGAGCACGCAGAUUUGGAGAAAAAAUAUCAACAACUGCAGAGAGAAAAUAGUACGCUCCAAUCGCAAGUUGAAGAGAAAGAGCAUAAGCUGCUAAAAUUGCGAACAGUUUCGGAAGCAGUGUGUAAAGAAUACGAACAAUUGAAACGUCAAUAUGAAGUGGAAACGAAUGCAAUGCACAAAGCUAUGCAACAAGCGUCUCAGUGGUAUCGACAAAACCGCGAGCUCAAACGAAGAUCCCAAAUCAUUGCACAAAAGUUUCUACAUAAUAAUUCAGAGCAGUUGGAUUUUGAUUUAUCCGAUGAAGUGGAUAAUCAGAGUUUCGAGGAUUUGGAUGACCUGAGACAAACGGUGAAAGAACUGAGCGGUGAGGUAGCACGGCUUCAGACGGAACUUCAUUCUGCUCGACUUCAAGAAUUCGAAGCACAAGAGCAGGUGACGCAAUUGACUACACAGUUGGAAGAAGAAAGAGCCCUUCGGCAAAAAGGAGAAGAGAAAAUUAAUGAAAUGAAGGUUUACAAAGGAAAUAUGGAAAGAGUUACAAAAAUGGUGACUGAAGAAGUGCAAGCCUUGAAAACGCAAUGCGAUCGCGAGAGAGAAAACGCGAAAAUUCUGAAGAUAGAAGCUGAAAAGGUUCAAAAAGAACGAAACGUCUUAGCACAUCAAAGUGCUCUACUAAUGGCUGAGGUUGGAGAUGAUCCAAAUGGAAGAUUAUUAGCUAUUUUGCAAGAAGUGGAGUCUUUAAAGAGACUAUUAGAAGAAGAACAGCAGAAUCAUGCUUCCCAAGUACAGAUAUUACAAGAGAAACUAGAAGAGAAAGAAUCGAAUGUAGAAUUUGAAAUCGUCGAGGAGAAACUAAAGCUUGCAGAGUCCGAGUUAGAGGUUGUUCUUCAGAGAGCUGAAAGGGCUGAGAAAGCGGCGGAAGAGUUGGAGAAUGUUGUCCGAUGUUUGAAGCAGAAAGUCAACGAGUUAGAGGAGAAAGUCUCGAAACCGCCACCGCCACCGUUACCUCCUCCUCCCCCACCAUUACCGAUAUCAAUAGCUGGUCAGUCAUCGAUAAAAUUGCUGACUAGAGAAAAAUUGGUCUCGGAGCGUUCGGCUGUGAGUGAUAUGGAAAAUAUGCUUGGCAUUACAUCGAAAAAAACACCUGCGGUCGCACAACCUGCUAUUGACGAUAUUAUCAAUGAAAUUAAAGGCGGACGUUUCACACUAAAGCAUACAGAUAAACAAAGAGAAGAGGAGCGGAAAAGACGGCAAGCGGAAAAUACGUCGCCAGCAGUUUCUGAAAUGUUAAAUAUUCUUGGUACUAUGAGACGGAGAGCUAAACCAAUAAGGCAGUCGUUCAAGUUUGCAGACGCAUCAUCGUAGUAAUGGAUAUUGAUUAAAUGAAAAACAAUCUGUAAUUUUAGAAAGGUUUGAGUCUCAAAAUCAGUCAAAUCAUACAUUAUUAAUGUCUUUUUACAAUAUGAUAUAUAUCCUUGUUAUUUCAUUUGUACAUUUGCGUUUUAUAUUAUAUUUAUCUUGCUCAAUCUAAAUUUAUGCAUACAAAAUCUAUUUAUUCAAUUAUGAAAAUUAUGUUUAAAUUGCUAUAAGGAAAUCACAAAUAAGAAAGUUCAAUACAAAAUCGAUGAAUAUUUUGUUAGUGUAAUUUAUAAGAAAAAUAUAAAAAUAGAAGAACAAAAAAGUGUGAAAGGGCGAAAUUUAUAGAAACAGUUUGUAGCAUAAGCGCUGUGUAAAAGAUAUAUUAUAAAAAAUUUUGUGCACA